AUGGCCGACGAGAACUACGAGGAUGACAUCUUCGACGAUCUCUACGAUGAUGAGCCCGCACAGAAGCCCGCGGCUGCCGCACCCGCACCAGCCCCCAAGACCGAACCUGAGCCUACUCCAGCCGAGCCCGUAAGCGCGCCUCCUCAGGAUACCGCACAAAACAACGGUCAAGAUAGCGCGCCCUCUUGGCCAGCCCAAGGCGCGGCAGACGGCGACUCGCACAUGGACCAAUCCGGUUACAAUGCUGGCGGCGAGCAGUCGUACGACAAUGCGCCCAUGGAUGAUGACAACUAUGGGCCAAUCAACGUGAAAGAAGACGGUAAAAUGUUCAUUGGCGGUCUGAACUGGGAGACAACAGAAGAUUCACUCAAGGGUUACUUCUCACAAUUUGGCGAAGUCAGCGAAUGCACCGUAAUGCGCGAUGCUGCUACCGGACGCUCGAGAGGAUUCGGCUUCCUUACAUUCAAGGACCCCAAGUGUGUGAACAUCGUCAUGGUCAAGGAGCAUUACCUCGAUGGUAAAAUCAUUGACCCCAAGCGUGCUAUCCCAAGAGAGGAGCAGGAACGCACCAGCAAGAUUUUCGUCGGCGGUGUGAGCCAAGAAGCAACCGAGGAAGACUUCACCAACUUCUUCAAGCAAUUCGGUCGCGUUGUCGAUGCCACACUCAUGAUGGACAAGGAGACCGGUCGACCCCGUGGUUUCGGUUUCGUUACCUUCGACGGCGACGCAGCCGUAGAUGCCACCCUACGCGGACCUCUCCAGAUUCUCGGCAAGCAGAUUGAGGUCAAGCGCGCUCAGCCCCGUGGCAACAUGCGCGACGACGAUGGCGGCGAUGGCAACAAGAAGUUCGGUCGCAAUAACAAGUUCAACAAGUUCAACGACGGCGGCAACGGUAACCAAGGUGGCGGCAACAACUACGACAACGCCGGCGGAAACAUGCAAGGUCAAGGCGGCAACAGCGCCAUGUCUCCUGCCAUGAUGGCUCAGUACUGGCAACGAAUGCAACAGUACUUCCAGUCCAUGCAGCAAACUCUCGCUCAGCAGCAAGCCGGUGGUGGUAUGCCCGGCAACCCCAUGGCUGCCAUGGGCGGCAUGAACCCGAUGCAAAUGCAGCAGAUGCAACAGCAGAUGAUGAACCAAGGUAUGAACCGCGGUAACGGCUCCCCGAACCCUCAAAUGAUGGGUGGCCCAGGUGGUAUGAACCCGAUGCAGAUGCAGCAAAUGCAACAGAUGCAAAUGGCACAGAUGCAAGGUGGAGGAGGCCCAGGAGGUCAAGGUGGUCCGGGUAUGAUGAAUCCUCAAGGUGGCCAGAGUGCCGGUGCACGCCCAGCUUACACCGCUCAAGAUCAACUCGCUUUCGAACAGCAGAAAUACGAACAACAACAGGCUCGCCGCCAGCAGCAACUCUCCGGCCCCGCCGGCUUCGGUAACCCCCAGGGCGGCCCUCAGAGCUGGGACGGCAUGUACGAGGACGCGCCUCAGCCGAACAUUCCUUCCGGUCCCGGUGGCGGCCGCGGCGGCUUUAGGAACAACCGCUCUCGCCAGGGCUCUAGCCAGCCCCCUGCUGGUGGUGGUCAGGCUCCUAUCAACGCUCCCACUGGACCCAAGAACGCUGGUGUCAGGGGUGCGAACUACCGUGGUGGAGGUCACCGCGGUGGCGGUGGUUUCAGGCACCAGCCCUACGGCGGCCGUGGUGGUUAG